AUGUCCUCAGUUCAUGUGGAGACCUUCACUGAAACUAAGGACACAUUAGCCUCUAACCUUCUCUUCAGAAACCCCAAUGAAGGUGGUACUUUGCACACCAUAGAUUCACAAACAGUGUCUUCCACCAGCAGUUCUCCUAUCAGCAGUGAUGAGGAACAAGAGACUACCACCAAAAGUAGCUUGCCUACCACCACUAGCACUGCCUCCAUGCCUACCAGCAUGGUCUCUACUGCUGCUGCCACUGCCAUUAUGUCUACUAUCACUGUCACUGUAGAUACAGCCAAUGGCUAUGCUGAAGUUGAUGCAGCUAUUGCUGUAGACAGUGUCCUCAGUGUGAACAAUGUUGGUUCAUGGGUCCAAGGUGUCAGUUGCACUCUCUAUGGUAAGGUGGACUCUGUGGAUGAGGGUAUUGAUAUCAUCAAGUCUGUGAUUGAGACUGGUGUUACUCAUGUAUCUAGUGUAGCAACCAUGAACCAAAAUUUGUUUGAGUUUCACAAUCUUGAUAUGGGGUCUAAGACUACAGCACCUGGUUCAACAAUCUACAAUUAUUCAUUGCCAGACAAGCUUCUCCUCAUAGAGAGCUUGAUCAAAUACCUCCUGCCCUUGGUUCAUCAAAGAAAUGAUCUGUUCUUUGGCCACAAGCCACAGCUGUGUCCAGCAAAGAAGUUCAGUGCAUUCAGUUUGGAGUUGAUCUGA